AUGUGGGAGGUGACCAUGCGUGUCGACCGCAACAGUCGCAUGGACAUGGAAGCUUUGCAUCUGAGAGCGGACGAGUUUGCUCGAUACUAUGCCGCAGCACAGGCAUCGGGGGAUGUUGUCAUGAAGCUGGCGCGACUCAACAUCCUUGACACGAGCAACAUUGACUUCUUCAUUUUCAGGAGAAGCCAUGACGAGGAGAUCAAGUUGGUCUCCAAGUUGGACACGAAGCCACGAGAAAUGUCCUGGCAGUCGAAAUUGAUGUACAAGUGGCUGAUGCCCAUCAUGAAAGAGGUUCGGUAUGCUAUCGAAAAGAAUUCUGGCACAGCUCUUGAUUGGGGGAAUGAGACUGAACGCAACCACAUGCUUCAUGAAAGCGCUGUUCCAAUUUCACAGCUGUAUGAACCCCUCUUUCAGAUGGAUGAUACGUUUUUACUUCAGGAGUACUUCUGCCCUCGCAGUCAGUUUGAGUCCUGGAUUAGCAGAACCAGGCACAUAUACGAGACACUGGCCGCAACCACGGAGGUAGUUCUUCUGAAUACCACCAUCCGGUUCGUAGAAAAAGACGUGGACGCAUUUCUUCACUAUGCCAAGCACGAGGGAGGCAUGUUUGCCUUCGUUUUGUACUACCGCCUGCCGCGUACUGCUUCAGCUGAUGCAAAGAUGCAAGAAUUCCAUCACAUGUUUGUGAAAGAGACGCUGGCUCUGAAAGGAAGUUUUUACUUGCCUUACCGCUGUCAUUACAGCCACGAGCAGCUCGAGGACGCCUACCCCCAGAUAGAGGCAUUCUUCGCCAAGAAGGAGACCUAUGACCCCCUGGGUUUGUUCGACAAUUUAUGGUUCCGGCAUUAUGGCUCCAAAUACCUGUCAGCGCAAUACCGCACAUCGUUGUUGUCGCCACCGAUUGCUACAGGUUCGAUACCUGCAGCCAGGACUCCAGGAAUUCUUGUUUCUGAAGUGCCCAGUCGUCGUGCCAAUGCUUUCCGUGAGUUGUUAUCCAGCCCAUCGCUGCGUCGGAACUUCAAAGAUGGAUUCCUGACCCAGAUCUUCAACGUGAUGGAUAAUGAACAGCUUUUCCGGAUGAUGCUCAAAGCUGCGCGAGAUCCUGACAAUCGAGAUGAUAUUGAGAUCUAUCGUGCUUUGCAGCGGCAGCUGAACGAGUCCGGCGGCCCCGUUGCUGCCGCCAGAAAAAUGUGGAAGCAGCUGAAUCAGGUGUCGGCGCAAAAGGCCGAGUUGACCAGAGAAGUGUGUUCUAUUGUGUCCCACCUCGGGAAGUUUGGGCAGUUGCACGACCUUCUUUCGAUUGGAGAUCCUGGACGCACGGUGCUAUCUCUUCGCAAGGCUUUGCACAUGAAGGGGCAAUGCUGGGUUGCCCAUGACACUUUUUCCGAUGACCUGCCUGCUGUGAUCGAACGUGGCUCUCUGGAUCCGGUUGGUGCUCAAGUGCACUGGCAGCUGAUGGACGCGGGUCCCUUCCAGGGAGUUCCUGAUGACUCAACGGAUUUGGUGACCAUGAUGCAAGGCCUGCAUCACAUACCUCAACAGCUUCUGCCUCAAUUCUUGGCAGAGGUGGUCAGAGUGCUGCGUCCAGGAGGCCUCUUCAUCGUUCGUGAGCAUGAUGCGUCCCCAUCCUUGAUGCCUAUGCUAGACCUGGCCCACAGUGUCUUCAAUGCUGUCAUGGGUGUCACUGACAAGGAAGAAGAAAGGGAGCUCCGAGCUUUCAGACCUGUGUCAGAGUGGAGGAAGAUUCUGGAAAGCACAGGCCUGCAGGACUCCAUGCUGUUUGAGAUGGAGCCCUACGAUCCCACUGUGGAUGAGAUGAUGUGCUUUUACAAGCCGCCUUUGUACCCCGAAGUCAAACCCUCCAAGCCGGCGCAACCCGUGGUCGAUCCACCAGCAACGGAGUUGAUUCAUCUUCCAGAUGCUGCGGCUUCCUUCAUGGAGGCAGCUCCCAAGGUCUUGUUGCAAGGAAUUUUCGAUGCCAUUGAUGGCCUCCUGGACACAUUGCCCGCGGCAGUGGCCAUCUUCAAAGAGAGGAAUUUGCGGCCGUAUGUGGAACACGUGGACCUCGCAGGACCAGCAGACUCAGGCCUCCACAGUUUGAUCCCGCCGGAAGUUUCAUUGGUGGUCCCCGCCUUGAUGAGAAAGGUCCAGACUGGCCAGGCAAGUCCUAAUGAGAUGUUUGCCGCAGCCGUGAUCAAGGACAUUCUGGACACGCUUCAGGGCAACAAGGAGGACGUCCAGCAGAAGACGCAAGAGGAUUACUAUGCGGUCUUAACUCAGCCAGUGCCGGCCGGCACCACCAUCCGCUUUCAGCUGGGAGUCGCAUCGCCGCCUCUUGCAGAGAAGGUCAUGAAUUGGUACUUCAGGACAUGGAGGGUCAAUCCUCUGGUGGACGAGGACGGUGCAGUGGUUGAUGCCUCCAUGCCGAUCUAUCCCUGGCUUGGCCGAACAAUCACGGCAACAGGAACCAGCGACGGUGCUUUCAGCGGCUUCCUGCUGGUAGGGCAGGUUCCCUUCACCGUGACUCCCUCCUUGCAGACUCCGGGGGCAGAGAUUAAGUUGACCAUCAAUUUCGGUGUGGCUGAUGGCGUCGAGGCUGAUGAAAGCGUACGAAUGGAGGUCACGGCACCUGACGGCUUUGUCUUUGCCGACUCGUGUCGAUACGGCGGCAGCCCCAUCUUCUCAAAGUGCACCGGCUUCCUGAACCAGGCGACGCUGGUGACAGCUCGUCCGAGGUUGCGGGGCUCAGACAUCACGGUGGACUUGCGUGUCAGCAAUCCUGGAUUGACACCGUCACCAAACUACUUUUAUGUCGCACUUUUCCAAGACGAGAGUACCCAGUAUGUGCGGUGGUCGCAGGCCUUGAGUUACGAGAUCAUGGGCAUGGGUGUGGUGUACAAGGGCAACAACCAGCUUGGAGAGGCAGCCUCCGGCUUUUUCACUUUCACACCUGUGCGGCCUUCCCCGUCCCCUGUGGUGCACAUCGUGGUCACGCCACCACCUGAUGCUGGUUUUCGGGUGCUGUGCACAGGGAUCAGUCCGCUGGGCUUCGUGUUCAUGCCAAACUGCGAGUCUGGAGCGGUCAAUGACCCCUUGACUCUUCGCUUCUCGAAUGCCAGUCUGGAAGCUGGAAAGGCCUACACAGUCGGCGUGAGGGUCCUGAACCCUGGUGGCCGUCCGCCAGAGGCAACAAAUUACUGGGGCAUUUCACUGCAGGACCACAACAGGGACACCUUCGAUGCAAACCUCCGAAUUCCGGGGCUCGAUCUCAAGUCGAUCCCAAUCCGAUGCAAUGGAAUCGGUUGGACAAAUGCAGAUCCGCGUGUCCUAGCAUAUGUGCUGAUCCAGAUACGGGUGCUGCACGAGAUCCCUGCAGGAACUCUGCAGCGGUUUACAGUCAGAGCGCCCGAAGGCAUCAUGUUCAACGAAGAUCCAGCAAAGGUGACCGUGCUACCGAAACCGCUUCCUCUGCGGUUGGCCAUUCCCACGCAAGUUGCAGGUGAUUUGUUGUCCCUCUACCUUGAUGAGAUGGCUCUUGUGGAAGUCGGCACCUACAACAUUCGGUUUGAGGUGAGCAAUCCGACUGUCUACCCGCACGACAACACCUGGUCUAUCUUCGCUAUGAAAGACAUCACGGUGGAGUUUGUCCAUGUGGAAACAGGCUACUACGAGGGGCAGAUCUCGCCUAUUGAGAUUAACAUCGCCCAGGCCCGGACCAACGCGGCUGAUCACGGGGCGAAAUGCUCGCUUCUGCUGAUCGUUCUGAUCGCGAUGCUGAGUGUGGGAGUGUCAGAUGUUUGGACACUGAAAAGGUAG